GAUAAAAAGCUCAUAAAAGAGAAAACCUAAUCUCUGCAAUCGCAGGCGUCCUCCUCUCUCUUAAUUUCUCAAGCGUCCGAUCAAUCUCUCCUCUUCUCUCGAUCCCUCUCCCUCUGCCUCCUCCCUUUCCCCAAUCAACACCUCUCUAUCUGUUUCACUCCCGCCCUUUUUCGAAUUCAUCUGUUAGGUUUUUUUCCUUCUUCUUCUUCUUCUGAGAUGGCGGAGUCGCAGGCCAAGAGUCCCGGAGGCGGUGGAAGCCAUGAGAGUGGUGGAGAUCAAAGUCCGAGGUCUUUACACGUCCGUGAGCAGGAUAGGUUUCUUCCUAUUGCUAACAUAAGCCGUAUCAUGAAACGAGGUCUUCCUCCUAAUGGCAAAAUCGCUAAAGAUGCUAAGGAGAUUGUUCAGGAAUGUGUCUCUGAAUUCAUCAGCUUCAUCACCAGCGAAGCAAGUGAUAAAUGCCAAAGAGAGAAAAGGAAGACCAUAAAUGGAGAUGAUUUGCUUUGGGCAAUGGCCACUUUAGGAUUUGAAGAAUACAUCGAACCCCUGAAGCUUUACCUGAUGAGAUAUAGAGAGAUGGAGGGUGACACAAAGGGAUCAGCAAAAGGUGGGGAUGCAAAUUCAAAGAAAGAUGGGCAAUCAAGCCAAAACGGUCAGUUCUCGCAGCUUGCUCACCAAGGCUCUUUCCCACAAGGUCCUUACGGGAAUUCUCAAGCUCAGCAGCAUAUGAUGGUUCCAAUGCCGGGAACAGACUAGUGAGUGAUGAGGAUUAUUGAACUGUGGCACCAAGGAGGGUUUAUCUUAUCUGUAUAUUAUUUGUGUUGUGACAAUAAUCAUCUCAUUGUUUUUUUUUCUUUUCUUUUCUUUUCUUGGAUUUGUUCUGAAUAUGACGAAAAAAAAAGUCAUUUUUAUGUUUGGUUUGUGGAUGACUUCAUAAUUGUUUCAAAUUUCAACACAUGUCCAAAGAAUGGUUUCUGAUA